AUGGAUAAAAGUGAAGAUUUUGCUAAAGCAAUAGAUAGUAAUGUUGGUAAAGUUAACCUUAAAGCUAAACUUGAAGCUGCUAAAAAAGAAAAAUGUUCGUUAAGCUAUAGAGAAACCUAUACAGGUAAGCUUGGGAUUUUCGAUUUACAAAUACUGUAUAAGAAUGGAAAUCUGGGAAUCGAAAUAGAAUCUGUGACAAUUGGAGCCAAACCCAUGGCUGAAAGAAAAACAACGGAAAAUUUAUGCGUGAUCUUAAAGGAUCUAAUUUCCGAAUGGAGCAUACAACCUGACCACGUCAAGGCAGUUUUAACUGACAAUGCGGCUAACAUUGUCAACGCUUGCAAAAUUGUUUUUGGUGAUAACAAGCAUAUCGCAAAAAAAACUCGACUCACUUUUGUUGCAACGCAUUUGGAAGUCGGUCUCGAAAUGAGUAAUCGACACCUUCAAGUGACUCGAAAUGAUGAUAGAGCAACUGAAGAGCUCAAAGCUUAUUUACAGAAGAAAGAAUGUAAUAGGAAUGAAAACCAGUGCUUAAAACUAAUACAAGAAGUACAAACACGGUGGAAUUCCACUUUCGAUAUGCUCGAUCGACUUUUGGAACUGUCCGAUUUCAUUGGAAGAGUUUUGUUAAAAGUUUCCAGAGAAAAGUCGACAAGAGGAAAACCCCCAAUGAUGUUGACACCUGAGGAAGAAGAAAUUGCCAAUGAGAUUAGAGAUAUUUUAAAACCUAUGUCUCAAGUAACUAAGGAAAUUUGCUCAGAGAAGUCGGUUACAUUGAGCAAGUGUAUACCACUGAUUUCCCUUCUUCAAAAAAGUAUCAACAAUUACAAAGCAACGCAUCCCUUUUUAUUUAAUUUUAAACAAACAUUGUUAACUAACUUGGAAAAAAGAUUUAGGACAGUAGAAAAUAUUAAAGUAGCUGCAAUGGCAACAAUUCUCGAUCCGAGAUUUAAAAAACUGCAUUUUCAAAAUGCUGUUUUUGCUGCAAAUGCUGUUGGCGCCAUUAAGGCAACGAUGCGAAUGAGACAUGAAGACGAUGACGAGUGA